CACCAGCUAUGCCGAAUAAUCUCUCACAACUGCUGCCGACGUUAUAGCAGCUCGCUGAAACAUAUCCCACUUAACUGGCUUAUUUAUCGAGCUCCCAGCCCAUCUAGGUGACUCCAAUAUGGACGCCCAGGUUGAGAACGCGAUCGAGAUUGCUUGGAAUCCGGCGUCAAACCAAGCCCUGAAGGAGCAGGCCUUCGACUUCCUGAACCAGCUGCGUUGUGAUCCCCAGGGAUGGCAGGUCUGCACCACACUGUUUACACAAGCACCAAGGAGACCCGAGGUCGUUCGCCACGUCUCGCUGGAGAUUGUCAACAAUGCUGUUUCCACACAAUCGCUUGACGGCCCCAGCCUCUCUUUUCUGAAGGACGCACUGCUGGACUACGUCAGGAGGACAUACGGAAGCAACGCCGAAGAGCAGGUCGACUCGCCCGCUCUCCAGAACAAGCUCACCCAGACCCUAACCUAUCUCUUCGUCCACCUCUACAAGUCCGGAUGGGAUAACUUUAUCAACGACUUCCUCGACCUCGCUCGCUCGCCGAACAGCACGCAGGGGGACAAUUUGGCCGGGACUGUCUUCUACCUUCGCAUCCUGGGCUCUAUCCACGAUGAGAUCGCGGACAUACUCCUGAGCCGCCAGGGCCCUGAGGCGAAGCGAAACAAUGAUCUCAAAGACUUGUUGAGGGACCGAGACAUGGGGAAUAUUGCAAAUUCCUGGAAGGAACUGUUGGCCCAGCAUUCGAACCGGAGCGACCUCGUCGUCGAGAUGACUCUCAAGGUCAUUUCCAAAUGGGUUAGCUGGACCGACAUCUCCUUGAUUAUUAAUCAAGACAUGCUUAAUCUUCUGCUUCCCCUGGUCGGGCGGGCGAACACGACAGGCGGCGAGGACAAGGUGAGAGACGCGGCCAUUGACACCUUCACCGAGGUCGUGGCCAAGAAGAUGAAGCCGGCGGACAAGACCGAGAUGAUCAACUUUCUCAACCUCCGCGACAUUGUUGCCCAGUUGCUUUCGAGCCCGCCCUUGAACGACUUCAAAGGCACUCCCAGAUAUGACACGGAUCUUGCCGAAGCUGUCGCAAAGCUCGUUAAUACAACCAUGACCGGCAUAGUCCGCGUCCUCGAGGAUAAUCAGGUUGGGAACGAAACUCGGGCAAACGCGGAACGGCAGCUUCAGGACUUCCUCCCGUCGCUCCUCCGCCUCUUCUCCGACGAGUACGACGAGAUAUGCUCUACUGUGAUCCCAUCACUCACUGACCUCCUGACAUUCCUCCGGAAAGUCGGCUCUCUCCCCCCCGCAUACUCGGGCAUGCUUCCCGCGAUCCUUAAUGCCAUAAUUCGGAAGAUGAGAUAUGACGAGACGUCAUCCUGGGGGGCUGAGGACGAGCAGACGGACGAGGCUGAGUUCCAGGAACUGCGGAAAAAGCUGCAGAUACUUCAGAAGAGCAUCGCCGCUGUCGAUCAGAGCCUAUACAUCGAUACUUUGAGUAACUUGGUUGCGAACACGUUUGCCACUCUCGACCAGCAGGGUUCACAGAUGGAUUGGAGGGAUCUUGAUCUCGCCUUGCAUGAAAUGUAUCUCUUUGGAGAGCUCGCUCUUCCUAAUACGGGGUUGACCCCCAAAAGCCAACCGAACAGUGCCGCUACCGAACGACUGGUCGCCAUGAUGAGCAAGAUGGUUGAAUCAGGGAUUGCCAAUUUUCCUCAUCCAGCAAUCCUCCUCCAGUACAUGGAGAUCUGCGUCCGGUAUUGCGCCUUCUUCGAGGCCCACCAAGAAUAUAUUCCGCAGGUGCUCGAGAACUUCGUCCGCCUUGUACAUCACGAACAUGUGCGCAUCAGGACACGCUCGUGGUACCUGUUCCUGCGGUUCGUUAAGCACCUUCGGGCCCAGGUCGGCAACGUUGCGGAGACGGUGAUCCAGUCUAUAGGCGACCUCCUCCCGAUCAAAGCCGAGAUUUCUGGAGACGAGGCCGACGACGACAUCGCCUCCGAUGAGAGCGAUCACUCGGCGGAUGCUGUCUUCAACAGCCAACUGUUCCUGUUCGAGGCUGUCGGUUGCAUUUCCUCCACCACCAGCACCGCUCCCGAUAAGCAGGCCCUCUACGCUCGCCUGGUGAUGGAUCCCUUGUUCCGCGAUAUGGAACAGCACCUUCCCCGGGCAAAAGCGGGGGAUGCACAGGCAGCGCUACAGAUCCACCACAUAGUCAUGGCGCUCGGCACCCUGGCGAACGGAUUCAGCGAUGGACAUACGGGCCAAUCCAACCAGCGUCGACCGUCGAAGGAGAUCUCAGAUGAGUUCUCAAGGGCUGCUGAAGCCAUUCUCAUUGCCUUGAACGAGCUGAACACUAACAGUGAAAUCCGCACGGCAUGCAGAUCGGCAUUCUCACGCCUAUUGGGUGUCCUGGGGUCGGCUGUACUGCCGCAGCUUCCGCAGUGGAUCGAGGGCUUGUUGUCUCAGAGCUCUAGUAAAGACGAGAUGGCUAUGUUCCUCCGGCUGCUGGAGCAGGUCGUGUACAGCUUCAAGGGGGAGAUCUACAAUGUCCUCGACCUCCUCCUCACCCCGUUGCUCCAGCGGGUGUUUACCGGCCUCUCCGAGCCAAUCAGCGGCACGGAUGACGAGAUCCAGCUUCAGGAGUUGAGGCGAGAGUUCCUCACCUUCAUCCAGAUCAUCAUGCUCCAUGACCUUGGCGGCGUCCUCGUCAGCGAAGCCAACCAGGGCUUCUUCGAGUCGUUGAUCUCCACCAUCAUCGCGUUGGCCAAGAACAUUGGGCACGGAAACCUCGUUGCCAGUCGGCUCGGGUUCAAUGCGCUCUCGAGGAUGGCUACGGCGUGGGGCGGACCGGAUGUCGCCACCAUUUCGGCAAACCCCACCGCCCCCGUUGGGGCACCCUCCCCAGCCAUCCCGGGCUUUGACCAGUUCAUGAUAGACAGGUUCCACACUGCCUGCGUGGAGGUCCUCCAAGAUGCCCAUUUCAGGCCAAGUAGCGAUGCCCAGACGAAGCAAGUCCUCGGCGAGAUUGCCGGUCUGGAGCAGACCAUCUAUACAAAAACCGGAGACUCGUUCAUCCAAUAUCUCCAGACGAUUACAUUCCCCAGCUUGGGCAUAGACGGGACGGAUUUCCUGCGCUCCAUGACAACGUCAACCGACCGCAGGGCCUUUGCAACCUACCUGCAGAACCUCCUGAAGAGCCGCAGAUGAAAUACGAAGGGAAAUUUCAGCUAAGGAAGGGGGCAACAUCCUUGCCGUGCCAUUGAUACGAUACACGAACUCGGUGCGGCAUGGAGGAGGGAAUAUGCGCUGCAUUGGCGGAGUUUGGCGGAAAGACUACCAUAUUACCAGUAUCAUCAUGACCUCAGAGAGGUAGCAGGGAG